UGACUAUGUACUCAUCUCGCACUGAUGCAGGGGGAUGAUCUUACUUCUCACUCUCCACAUCAGUGUGCUGAGAUGGGCAGGCCUCAGUCAGGGUCCUCUGGUUGCCGGGGCCUGGUACUGUCCCUGGUGCCAGCAGUGGCGGUAAAGGGGACUCCAAGAAGGUGCUUUAUUGGGGCUUCCCUUGAAGGAAACUGCUCUCCCAGCAUGCCUUGGGGCUGCUCUGCAUGCUGGGGCUCUGGGAGAUGUCCCCGCCCCCCAUUUGCUCACCUCCUGAUGUCUGGCCCUCUUUGAGCCUUAGUUUCCUUACUGUAAAGUAGCCAUGUGGUGGUGUGCAACACUGAGUCUGGGUGAACACCAGGCAAGUCUGGUCAAGAUGGCCUCUGUUAAGGUCUAGCCUGAGGCCAAUGGGCUAUGGAGCUGGCGGACACACUGGCAGUUUGCAGGAGCUCUGAGAAGGCGUGGCAGUCCCACUUACCCCACCCUGUGCCCCAGUGUCUCCAGCCUUUCAGCUUACAUCCUGGUCCUUGCUCAAGUCCUCACCCCGUGUUGGGCUCCUAAGGAAGAGCCCCUCUGCGCCUUUCUGGGAUGGUUGCUCCCUUGGUGUCUACAUGUGGCAGGGUACAGAGCUGGCAUUGCUGGGAUUGUGGUGACUGUGACAGAAGAGGCUUGGUCUGAGUGACACAUGGAUGGGUGUGUUUGGAGCUUGGGCCAAAGUGGGCCCUGGAAAUGAGCCAGGGAGUCCCCAGGAGUCCUAGUCACUGGCUUGAAGAUAUAUUUGAACUAUGAAAAGCUGUGUCCACUGAGUGACAAGACACCCUGAUCCUCCCUGGACCUGGUUGAAGGAACCAGCUCACCAGCUGUUCAUAGCAGCAGGACCUAGAGUCCGGGUGCUGCCUCUGGUUUGUCACCCUGCCCUAUGGAUGGGCCCAGUGACAGGAAGCUCAGAGCCUGGAUUUAAGGCCAACCUUACCUCAGUAUGACCUCAUUUUGAUGAAUCACCAAAGCCUCUAGGUCACAGGUGACCAGGCUGACAGGUGACUUGGCAAGGGCCUGGCUGGCAGCGGCUAUAUACAGGCUGCUUUGCUGACAGCUAGCCCAGGGAAAGCACCAGAGGACCAGAGAAACUGCAGAACCCUGGGGCAGGGGCUAGGGGACAGGAAGGCUUCUGUUGCCCUCCCCAGCACCACAGCCAUAAACCCACAGGUAUGCAGGCCUCUGUGCAUUCAUGGUACAUGCAGAAAUGGACAUUAAAAAAAAAAAACCCCUGCAAAACACACACCUCCCAAAUGGUGAAUGAGGAGGGUCUAUUCAGGCUGGCACGUCUGUGUCCAAGUGCACCGGCAUACACACCUUGCGGGCACAUACAACGUAAGGCACCUCUGUGGAGAUUCUGUAUGAGCAUCCUUCUCCAGGAAACCUACUCUCCAGGACACAGGGUUCUCUGCUGAGCUCCACUGGUACAUCUCAGGGAUGGGACAUCUGCGCGUUUGUGCUCCCUUGAGAGGUAUCACCGUCUCCAUGUCCACCCACUAUCUCAGGGUGGGGUCUUGUUUAGAAAGAGGGUCUACAGAGACAAUUUGUAAAGGUGAGAUCAUACUGAGGCAGGGUGAGCCCUGAUAAGAAGACACAGAAAUGGGAGGAGACGGGGUGGGCUGCUGGGGAGAGGAAGUGGAGACUGGAGUGGAGGAACCACCAGCAGAGGCUUGCCUUAGACCCCACUCCAGAAGAGCUAACAAGGCCUCUCUGAGACCUCAUUGAGCCUGCUUGCUGCUUGGCCAGGAAGGAACUAUUCUCACCGAAGCCCCUCAGGCCUAGGGACCGAGGCAGGAGCUGCAGAUCGCUGUGUGUCUGUCUGUGUGCACAUGACGGUGCCCCGCUCAGUGAGCUAUCCUGGUCCUCGUCCCUUGCAGUGGUUGCUGUGUCCUUCUCUGGGAUCUUCACUGUCAUUGUCCUCAUGCUGGCCUGCCUGUGCUGUAAGAAGGGCGGCAUUGGGUUCAAGGAGUUUGAGAAUGCUGAAGGGGAAGAGUAUGUGGCCGACUUCUCGGAGCAGGGCUCCCCGGCUGCUACUGUACAGAACGGCCCCGAUGUGUAUGUCCUGCCUCUCACUGAGGUCUCCCUGCCCAUGGCUAAGCAGCCGGGUCGCUCAGUGCAACUCCUCAAGUCCACGGACCUGGGCCGCCACAGCCUCCUGUACUUGAAGGAGAUUGGCCACGGUUGGUUUGGGAAGGUGUUCUUGGGGGAGGUGCACUCGGGUGUCAGUGGCACGCAGGUGGUGGUGAAGGAGCUGAAGGCCAGCGCCAGUGUGCAGGAGCAGAUGCAGUUCCUGGAGGAGGCGCAGCCCUACAGGGCCCUGCAGCACAGCAACCUGCUUCAGUGCCUGGCCCAGUGUGCUGAGGUGACCCCCUAUUUGCUGGUUAUGGAGUUCUGUCCCCUGGGGGACCUCAAAGGUUAUCUACGGAGCUGCCGGGUGACAGAGUCCAUGGCGCCUGACCCCCUUACCUUGCAGCGCAUGGCGUGCGAGGUGGCGUGUGGUGUCUUGCAUCUACAUCGUCACAACUAUGUGCACAGUGACCUGGCCCUGAGGAACUGCCUGCUGACGGCUGACCUGACAGUGAAGGUUGGCGACUAUGGCCUGGCCCAUUGCAAAUACAGGGAAGACUACCUCGUGACGGCCGACCAGUUGUGGGUGCCGCUGCGUUGGAUCGCGCCAGAGCUGGUGGAUGAGGUGCAUGGCAACCUACUGGUGGUGGACCAGACUAAGACCAGCAAUGUGUGGUCCCUGGGUGUGACCAUCUGGGAGCUUUUCGAGUUGGGCGCGCAGCCCUACCCCCAGCACUCGGACCGGCAGGUGCUGGCUUACGCCGUCCGAGAACAGCAACUUAAGUUGCCCAAGCCCCAGCUACAGCUGACUCUGUCUGAUCGAUGGUACGAGGUGAUGCAGUUCUGCUGGCUUCAGCCAGAACAGAGGCCUACGGCUGAGGAGGUUCAUCUGCUGCUGUCCUACUUGUGCGCCAAGGGCACCACGGAGCUGGAGGAGGAGUUCGAGCGGCGCUGGCGCUCCCUGCGGCCGGGGGGCAGCGCGGGGCUGGGCUCAGCUUCCACAGUCCCGGCAGCUGCCGCAUCUGAACUCACUGCUGCUUCAUCUUUCCCGCUGCUGGAGCAGUUCACCAGUGACGGCUUCCACGUGGACAGCGACGACGUGCUGACAGUCACUGAGACGAGCCACGGCCUCAACUUCGAAUACAAGUGGGAGGCUGGCUGUGGCGCUGAGGCUUACCCGCCCCCAGGCGCUGCUUUCAGCCCAGGUUCCGCAGGGCGCCUGCAGGAGCUGUGUGCACCCGACAGCUCGCCGCCGGGUGUGGUGCCGGUCCUCAGUGCCCACAGCCCCUCAGUGGGUAGCGAGUACUUCAUCCGCCUGGAGGGGGCAGUGCCGGCUGCUGGCCAUGACCCAGACUGUGCCGGCUGUGCUCCCAGCCCCCAAGCUGUGUCCGAGCAGGACAAUAACUCUGAGGAGAGCACCGCUGCAUCCCUUGUCAUGGAGCCGCUUCUGGGCCACGCACCACCCACUGGGGGCCUGUGGGGCCCCUGCGACCAUCAUUCUCGAAGGAGGCAAGAGCCACCCUGCCCCUCACGCUCACCCUCUCCUGGGACCCCGAUGUUGCCAGCUGAAGACAUAGACUGGGGUGUAGCUACCUUCUGCCCACCCUUUUUUGAUGACCCACUGGGCACAUCUCCCUCUGGGAGUCCUGGGGCCCAGCCAUCCCCCAGUGAUGAGGAGCUGGAGGAGGGAAAGACUGGGAGGGCUGCUCAGUGUGGACACUGGAGCUCUAACAUGUCUGCCAACAAUAACAGUGGCAGUCGAGACCCAGAAUCCUGGGAUCCUGGCUAUGUGAGCAGCUUCACAGACAGCUACAGGGACGACUGCUCCAGCUUAGAGCAGACCCCUCGGGCCUCCCCUGAGCUGGGCCAUCCCCUGUCCCAGGAGGAUUCCAGAGAUUUUUUACCUGGGCUAGUAGCAGCUUCCCCUGGCCAGGAGUCAAGCCGUUGCUUCAACCUGCUCCCUCUGUGUCCUGCCAAAGGCCUGGCACCUGCUGCUUGCCUCGUCCCACCCCCCUGGACAGAGGCAGCUGUAGGUGGGGCUGAGAACCCCAUUGUCGAACCCAAACUUGCCCAGGAGGCUGAGGGCUCUGCUGAACCCCAGCUACCCCUUCCUUCUGUCCCCUCCCCAUCCCACGAAGGAGCCUCGCUUCCCUCGGAGGAGGCAAGCGCUCCUGACAUCCAGCCUGCCUCUCCUACACCCGCUGCUGGCAGCUGGGUGACCGUCCCUGAGCCAGCCCCCACCCUGGAUAGCAGCAGCAGUUCUCUGGGGCAAGAGGUACCCAGCAGCGAGGAUGAAGACACAACCGAGGUUACGUCAGGAGUCUUCACCGACCUGUCCAGCGACGGCCCACACACGGAGAAGUCAGGCAUAGUACCAGCCUUGCGCUGUCUGCAGAAGCAGGUGGGGACCCCUGACUCCCUGGACUCUUUGGACAUCCCGUCCUCAGCCAGCGAUGGCGGCUGUGAGGUCUUAAGCCCAUCAGCUGCUGGCCCCGCUGGUGGGCAGCCCCGUGCCAUGGACAGUGGCUAUGAUACAGAGAACUAUGAGUCCCCUGAGUUUGUGCUCAAGGAGGCCCAUGAGUCAAGUGAGCCUGAGGCCUUUGGGGAGCCAGCCUCAGAGGGUGAGAGCCCAGGGCCCGAUACUCUGCUCUCUGUCUCCCUUGGUGACCUCAGCAGAAAGAACCCCUACCGAGACUCUGCCUACUUUUCAGACCUGGAUGCUGAGUCCGAACCCAACUUUGGCCCUGAGAAGCACAGUGGGAUCCAGGACUCCCAAAAGGAGCAAGACCUGAGGAGCCCACCUAGUCCAGGGCAUGAGUCUGUGCAGGCUUUUCCCAGGCCUGAGGUGUCCAGCGAGGUGCUGCCCCCUCCACAGCAGUCAGAGGAGCCCAUGCCAGAAGGCCCCGGGUCAGAGCCUCUUGAGGCUCAAGGCCCAGUUGAAGUGGAGCCCGUGCCAGGCCCAAGUCAUUCCAAAUGUCUCCUGUUGACCUCCGCUCCACUGAGCUCGGAAGGCAAUGGCACGGAGUCCCGGGGUCCCCCAGGACCACUGUCAGGGCCAGCCCAGACCGGGCGGAUGGGGAAUCCUAGCACAUCCAGAUCCCCGCUCUGCCUGGCCCUGCCUGGCCACCCUGGGACUUCAGAGGGACGGCCAGAGGAUGACGAGGACACCGAGGACAGUGAGGAGUCUGACGAGGAGCUCCGGUGCUACAGCGUCCAGGAGCCCAGUGAGGACAGUGAGGAGGAGCCAUCAGCGGUGCCUGUGGUAGUGGCUGAGAGCCAGAGUGCCCGGAAUCUACGCAGCCUGCUGAAGAUGCCCAGCCUGCUGUCGGAGGCCUUCUGCGACGACCUGGAGCGCAAGAAGAAGGCUGUGUCCUUCUUUGAUGACGUCACGGUCUACCUCUUUGACCAGGAGAGCCCCACCCGAGAAGCUGGGGAGCCCUUCCCCAGCACGAAGGAGUGUCCCACGUUCCUGGAGGGUAGCCCCGGCUCACCCAGUGCCACUGGCGUGCCACUGCGGGCUGGUCACUCGCCAGACAGCUCUGCUCCCGAACCGGGCAGUAGGUUCGAAUGGGAUGGAGAUUUCCCACUGGUGCCGGGCAAGGCUGCUUUGGUGACUGCGCUGGAUCCUGCCGACCCUGUCCUGGCUGCGCCUCCCACGCCAGCUGCACCAUUUUCACGCUUCACGGUGUCGCCCGCACCUCCCUCCCGCUUUUCCAUCACACAAGUAUCCGACUCAGAUGCCCAGUCCAUGGGAGGUAUGAGUGUGGUGGGGGCUGAGGUGGAACAGGGGGACACCGUGAAUGGGUAUCCAUGAGGGGUGUGAGCAGGGGAGAUUUGGUGGCCUCUGGUCUGCUGGACAUUGCCCUGUUAACAGUGUCUGUCCCCUGGCUUCUGGGCAGACACUGUGUUCUGGCAUAAUUGACCUACUGCCUCCUGGGUCCAGGACCUAUCCACCCUGCCUACUCUGCCCUCCAUAGCAGGAUGCUGGGCACCUGUUCUCAGGCUGACUGUAGACUCCUGAGACUUGCUAGAACAUUCCCAGCAUGGUGGUCUCUACUCCUGUCACCAUCUAUGGCUUAUAUCUGAUAUGAGGUUCUUGCUAGGAGUCUCUAUGGGACUUUACCCAGGUGGUGGUACAACAUAGUCCACCCUGUCAAGUUAUGUGCCCCCUCCAACUGUCUACACCAGGGUAGGCUCCCAUAGCCCACUAACAGUUCUGACCAGUUCUUCUGCCUGUUCCUCCCCUCUGGGUAUCUCUUCCCCAGUUGUCCUGGCUGUGGUAGCCUUGAGGGAAGAACUCGUCACCCUCCCUUGUCCCUGGCAUGAGGAAACAACUGCAUGACUCUGACCACACCUUCUUUGUUUGGGCCUCAGUUCCCAUGUGCACACAGAUAUGGGGAGCAUUUGUUAAACAUUGUCAGCUUUGGAUCUGGGUUAUAUGGGGGAGAUGAGUGGGUCCAUCUCUCAUCUAGACACAGGCCUACCACAUUGAGCAGGCCUGUCGCUGGGCCAGACACUUGUAGGGGUGGGUGAGUUUUGGUGUGUGAGAACCUUUGUCUGGUAUCUCCCCGAAUGCUCACAAAGCACCCCCUUUACCAGGCCCGGCAGCAGAUGCUGAGGGCCGAUGCACAAAGGCUUGAGACCCAGGUAGUCCCACCCUUCGGAGGCUGGCGUCACUGGAGCCCCUGCCAUCCUGCCCAGGCAGCAACAAGGAUGGUGACCAGGAAUGAAUGGGGACCACCGGCACCCUACGGCAUCCUGGAGAAGCAGGUGGACGAGAGGCCUCUAUCUAGCCCUGGACGUAUUGGGCUGUGUACCUUCUGUGUCCUGGGUGGACGCCGGGGUUUGCUGCUAGCCCCUGGAGAUACCUGUAGCUUAAGGGCCUAUGGGUAUCUGUAAGCAUAUAUAUAUAUACAUAUAUAUACACACACACACUCAAGAAGGGCCCCCUGGCCCUUAGGUGACUCUCUGCUCCUGGUAAGACUCCCAAGCCUCAGCCACUCUUCCUAUAUGGCUGUUGGUGGUGAACUGGCCUCAGGCCAGGACCAGGCAGUCCAUGGGCCUGUAUGCCCUUGUUGACUAGGUCCUGCCAUAUGUUCAAAGAACACUUGGUCAGGUUUCAAGAUGGCUUUAAGCCUGCAGGUCCCUUUUGGGUCCCCCCCACCUUUCUUACUGGGGUCUAGGUUUGCUCGGAGCAAGGUUGGACCUCUGGGCUCCAAGCCCUUAUCUCAGAUUUUCCGUGGCUAUUUCCCCUUCACUGCCUCUGUGGAAGCCCUUCCCCACAGGGUCUGUCUGGAUUAUUCUGGCCUAGGUCCUGCCCAGUAGCAGGGGCUUCCAGGCUGCAGCCGGACUGCCCCAGUGAUGCCCUCUGCAGGGUAGUGUGGGCAGCUCUCCCUCGCAGAGCAGUGCCUGCCCCACACCCUGGUGGCUAGAGGAGAGGACCCUACAGCCACUAUGGGGCUCCUGCCUGCAGGCAGGGCUGGGAGAAAACAGGGCUGGGGUGGGCAGUACAGGGAGUAUUUUUGUAACUUGCUGGAGUGAAUGAAAGGGGGCGAUUCUAAGUUAUUGUUGCCAAAGACGUGUAUACCUUUGCUUUGGGGGUGGGGGCAAUGUUUUCUUUUUUGUUUUUGUUUUGUUUUUAGUUUGAGGCUUAGGAUGCUGGUGCAAUGAUUUUCUUGUUCCUUGUUUUUUAAGAGAAACCAAGCUAAGAAAAAAAAAAACAAAAACAAAAACAAA